AAUAGCUUUAAAAUAAAAUAAUGAUGUUUGACUCUCGAAAGGCGGAGAGAGUAUUAAAUUAGGGGUCAGCGUAUUCUUCAAUUGUUUCUAUAUAUCCCAGAUCAAACAACCUUAGCCCCUUAGACCUUUGUCUCUGCUUUUUCCAAGAAGAGAAAAACCACAAGACAAAAAUAUAACUACAAAGAGAGUUGCACCAAGAAACAGAGAUGGGUAGACCACCUUGUUGUGAUAAAACGGGGGUGAAGAAAGGACCAUGGACUCCUGAAGAAGAUAUUAUGCUAGUCUCUUUUGUUCAAGAACAUGGUCCAGGGAAUUGGAGGACUGUUCCCACUCAUACAGGGCUACGGAGAUGUAGCAAAAGCUGCAGACUAAGGUGGACUAACUACCUCAGACCAGGAAUCAAGAGGGGUAGCUUCAGUCAUCAAGAGGAGAAGAUGAUUAUCCAGCUUCAGGCUCUCUUAGGCAACAAAUGGGCUGCCAUAGCUUCAUAUCUCCCUGAGAGAACCGAUAACGACAUUAAAAAUUACUGGAAUACUCAUUUAAAAAAGAAGCUGAAGAAGCUUGAAACAAGUGAUUUAUACUCAAAUGAUGGACAUUGUUUAUCAACAUUUAAUUCAACCUCCAGAGGGCAAUGGGAAAGGACACUUCAAGCUGAUAUUAACACAGCUAAACAAGCUUUACAAAAUGCUCUGUCACUCGAUAAAUCAAGCCCAAUUUCUGACUAUACAAUUCCUGAUAUUGGAUGUUACCCAUUCAUAAAACAAGAAGCGAAAAUGUCUACUACUACUUAUGCAUCAAGUGCGGAAAACAUAGCCAAAUUACUCAAACAAUGGACCAGAAGCGAAUCCACAAAUGAUUCAGAGCAAUCAAAGGCUUCGUCAAGUACUCAAUUUUCUUGUAAUACUAAUAAUAAUGCCAUGACUGAAUAUUCAUCUUCAUUUGAACCGUCGAAUUCAGAUCAAUUUUCACAAGCUACGACACCUGAAGCUGCUGGUAAAUUUCAUGGUGAAAGCAAAAGAGAAAUGGAUGAUGAAAUUCAGUUGUCAGUAAUGCUGGAGAGUUGGCUGUUUGAUGAAAAUGACGAUUUAUUAAUUUAGAAGGAAUUUUAUUUUUUUGCUUUUCUAUUUUGUUGCAUUAUUUUUUGUUUUUCUCACUCCCAAAUUCCCAAUUAGUUUACUAGUAGUAGCAUUUUAACUAGGGAUGGAUGUGACAUCCUCAUUCUUAUUUUUUGUCUAGUACACAAUGCUUUUUAACAUUAGUGUAUAUUUUAAAACUUUCAUAAUUAAGCAAAGCAAAAAAAUCUUUAAUUGAUUACUCAAUUAAGCUAGAAGAAUUUUUGUGCUUUGCCUGAUUAUAAAAGCUAUUUAUUCUCUGACGUGUACUGGAAUUAAGUCUUACAGAGAAUUUUUAUAUUAUUAA